AUGUGUGAUUUGGGUGAAACUAAAGCUACUGAUGGUAUGUUUAUAAACACAAGGGGUAACUCAAAGCUCUUUAUGUACCAAAAUCAUACGUUUCGAUUUAUGUACAAGAAGGCUUAUGGAAGCCAGCUGUGGUAUUGCUGGUACUUUUUCAGUCGUUGCUGUCCAGCAAAAUUGAGAAUUAAUAAUUCUGGUAAAGUUACUGAAUGUAUCGGAAAGCACAACCAUGAUCCACCGACAAGCUGGAUGACACCAGAUGGAAAGUCAUACAAACUCCCUACGUCAGAGAACAAUUUGCGGACAAAGUAG